AUGUCCGGCCUUCCUCCCAACAACGACAAGAACAAGAAGAGCGGUGGUGAGAAGAGGAAGUCGACGGCGCCCGACGACGUUGCGGGGAAGAAGAGGAAGACGAGGGCUGACGCCAGGAAGGAGAGAGACGGGUCCUCUCUCACACCGCUUCCUCUAUCCCCCGAGGAGAUGAAGGCGGAGGUCGCGCGUUUGGUCGAGGAGGGGGUGAAGGCGAGGAUGGCGGAGGAGAAGAAGAAGGAGGCGGCCGAGAAGAGGAAGAAGGAGGCGGCCGAGAAGAAGGCGAGGGCGGAGAAGGAGUCGGAGAGGAUCCGGGAUUUGGAGAAGGGGAGGAAGAGGAAGCAGGCCGAGGACCAGCAGGCCGAGAUCGCCCGGCAGGUGGACCUGGCGUUGGCGAGGGAUGGGAAGAAGAAGGAGGUCGAGGGGAAGGAGGAGAAGAAGGAGAAGAAGGAGGAGGAGAAGGACGAGCGCGGGCGUUCGUCGAGCAAGAUGGAGAGCGGGGAGCCCCUUGAGGGGGUCUCCCAAUACAAGAUGGACUUGGCAAAGUCCAUCCGCCAGUGGAAGGAGAACCACGGGGAGAGCGUGGUGGAGUUGUUGGGGGACGACCGGUGCGAGCCGUGCCAGAAGGGGCACCGAACGACCUCCGGGAAGCACGGGCCGCCAUCGGAGGCCUUGAAGGCGUUGAACAAGGAGUUCAACCGUUGUGUGAUCGGGUCGAGCGGGAGAUGCUCGGGGUGCCAGUGGAACGGUGGGGUGAAGGAGAAGUGCAAGUACCGGCGACCACCACCCGCCCCCCCCGCCGACGUCAAGCCCGACCUCCCGCUGGCAGGUCCCUACAGCCGAUUCGGCUCGGGACAUGGCUUUGGGGCCAACUUCGACGCUCCCCCGGCGCCCCCUGGUGGCUACUUGGCCGCCCCCCUCCUCCCCACCACCCCCCACCGCCGACCUGGUCUUACCGGCCUCGGGCUCCCCCUCUCCCCCGCCUCCCCCUCCACCACCGCCUCGACCUCGAGGAUCGCCAACAUCGGCGAUCGACUUACCGGGUUCAACGAGGAGCUCCAGCGGGCGAUGGAGAACGCCCAGUGGGCUCUCCAUGAGCAAAAUAUUGCUCAUUACUUCCCCUCGGUGCACGACCUCGUGCGGUGGUUCGUUGAUGCUGCGAAUCGCAUCACGGAGUCCGGCCAGGACUUGGGGAGGUUGACCAACCCCCGCCCGGACUUCUCUCGACGUUGA